CUCUGCGCCGUUUUCGCGGGAAGGGCCCAGGGGCCUCCCACUUCGAGUCGUGGGAGCUGCGGGUCUUACCGGGAGAGACCCUGCACGUGGAGCCCGCGCCGCUGCGCUUCUCAGCCGGCUCUGGAGCGCGGGCGGGGGCGACGGGGCCGAAUCCGGAGCGGGGCUGAACUUUUGAAAUACUUCAGCCAUGACGAAAAGAGAAGCAGAGGAGCUGAUAGAAAUCGAGAUUGAUGGAACAGAGAAAGCAGAGUGCACAGAAGAAAGCAUUGUAGAACAGACCUACACUCCAGCUGAAUGUGUAAGUCAGGCCAUAGACAUCAAUGAGCCAAUAGGCAAUUUAAAGAAACUACUAGAACCAAGACUACAGUGUUCUUUGGAUGCUCACGAAAUUUGCCUGCAAGAUAUCCAGCUGGAUCCAGAACGAAGUUUAUUUGACCAAGGAGUAAAGACAGAUGGAACUGUACAGCUUAGUGUACAGGUAAUUUCUUACCAAGGAAUUGAACCAAAGCUAAAUAUCCUGGAAAUUGUUAAACCUGCGGAAACGGUUGAAGUAGUUAUUGAUCCAGAUGCUCACCAUGCGGAAGCAGAAGCACAUCUUGUUGAGGAAGCUCAAGUGAUAACUCUUGAUGGCACAAAACACAUUACGACCAUUUCAGAUGAAACGUCAGAACAAGUGACCAGAUGGGCGGCUGCACUGGAAGGAUAUAGGAAAGAGCAAGAGCGUCUUGGGAUACCCUAUGAUCCCAUACAGUGGUCCACGGACCAAGUCCUGCAUUGGGUGGUUUGGGUAAUGAAGGAAUUCAGCAUGACUGAUAUAGACCUCACUACACUGAAUAUUUCUGGAAGAGAACUCUGUAGUCUCAGCCAAGAAGAUUUUUUUCAGCGAGUUCCUCGGGGAGAAAUUCUCUGGAGUCAUCUGGAACUUCUUCGAAAAUAUGUAUUGGCAAGCCAAGAACAACAGAUGAAUGAGAUAGUUACAAUUGAUCAACCUGUGCAAAUUAUUCCAGCAUCAGUGCAGUCUGCUACACCAACUGCCAUUAAAGCUAUAAAUAGUAGUGCAAAGGCAGCUAAAGUACAAAGAGCUCCGAGGAUUUCAGGAGAAGAUAGGAGUUCGCCUGGAAACAGAACAGGAAACAAUGGCCAGAUCCAACUGUGGCAGUUUUUGCUAGAACUUCUUACUGACAAGGAUGCUCGAGACUGCAUUUCUUGGGUUGGUGAUGAAGGAGAAUUUAAGCUAAAUCAGCCCGAACUGGUUGCACAGAAAUGGGGACAACGUAAAAACAAACCUACAAUGAACUAUGAGAAACUUAGUCGUGCAUUAAGGUAUUAUUACGAUGGGGACAUGAUUUGUAAAGUUCAAGGCAAGAGGUUUGUCUACAAGUUUGUCUGUGACUUGAAGACUCUUAUUGGAUACAGUGCAGCAGAAUUGAACCGUUUGGUCACAGAGUGUGAACAGAAGAAGCUCGCGAAGAUGCAGCUGCACGGAAUCGCCCAGCCGGUCACAGCAGUAGCCCUGGCUGCUGCGUCCCUGCAGACAGAAAAGGAUACCUGAACCCAGGACCUUCUGGGAGUCCAAGGUCUUUCUUAAAAUGUUAGAGCAAGCAUUGCUCUUCCCUUUAUUACUGAAUUUGAAUCUUCUUUUAUUUCUAGACUGUACAAUCUGAUGCAUGAUUUUUUUUAUAAAUAUUUCAUACUCUUGUGAAUUUGGGUCUUUUUACUUUGAGCAUAUAUUUUAGAAUAUGUGUAUGUUAAACAAUCACCACAAUGUCUUUAGGCGGGUUCAUUGUGGGAUAGUUUGUUAACAGUCAGAAAAGCUAAACUGGUCAGUAUUAAUGUCUAGCCCUACCAAAAAUAGCCAGUAGCAUCUGAGGAUGAAAAAUAAAUGAAGUAUCUCCAGGAAACAGUCUGGCUUAACUAUUAAUAUUUUUGAAAAUAUAACUGUUUCCCCUCUCUGCUGCUUUAGAUGUUGCUUUACAUAAAAACCAGAAAAUGGAAUUUUUCACAGCUGAAGCAUGU